GUCGACGUUAAUCAUACGCUUGAAUUGCGCCCGGUGGGAAGUAGUUGUAUACCGUUAGUCACACAAAACAAAGUUUACAAUGACAGCACCUUCAUUAGAUGUCACCAAGUUAGACUUAUAUGCUAUUCUUGCUGUGGAUGAAAAUGCAACNGAAAAAGAGAUUGUGAAAUCCUACAGAAAACAAGCUUUGAAAUGGCAUCCUGACAAAAACCCAGAUAACCCAGCGGCAGUUGAAGUGUUUCACAAGCUUUCCAAAGCAUUGGAGAUCCUCACAGAUGCUCCAGCUAGGGUAGCAUAUGAUAAAAUCCAAAAAGCAAAGAAAGCUGCCGAGAAAAGACACAAAGAACUUGACAGCAAGCGAAAGAAAUUGAAAGAAGAUUUGGAAUCAAGAGAAAACGCAGCUCAAUCACAGAAGGAUUUUGAUGUCGCUGCUAACAAAAAUUUCCAAGCAGAGAUUGAAAGAUUAAGAAAGGAAGGUUCCAAAUUGCUGGAAAAAGAACAACAACUGUUACAGGAGGAGCUCAAAAAAACUUCAGAAGCUAAACAGAAAGAUGAAGAGGAAACAGUAACACCCAAACUGAAGAUCAAAUGGAAAGCAAAGAAAGGUGAUGAAAGCAAUGGAGGAUAUUCUUACACUGUACUCCAAACCAUGUUCUCUAAGUACGGUGAUGUCCUAAAUCUGCUGAUAUCCAACAAGAAGAAUGGCAGUGCUAUCCUAGAAUUGUCAUCUCAGUAUGCUGCUCAAAUGGCUGUCCAAAAUGAAAAAGGGUUAGUUGAGAAUCCUUUGACCUUGAACUGGUUGGAAGGCCAGUCUGUACCCCUUGGACCUGCUGCUGCUUCUGAAGCCGAAAGUCAGCCAGAUGAGUCUGAGGACAGAGCAAACAACAUAUUUACAGUGCCAGAUCCAACCAAGGCGGAGAAGAGAGACACCUGGUCGGCUUACCAGUCUAGUGCUGAGAAAGACUAUGAAAGUCUAGUACUGAUGAAAAUGAGGCAGGCCCAGGAAAGGCAACAUCUGAUAGAGCAGAUGAAGAAGGAAGAUGAGGACACAUGACACUGUCUACAUGUAGUAAUAUCCAAAGGAUUGUCAGCAUUCCGAAUGGCAGGGGCUAUCCAUGGGAAAUUUCUCCAAGCUACCUGUGUAUACAGAGGUACCAAACCACAUGCCUACAUGAAAGGCUUAAUCAGUGUGUGCUCGUUGCGAAAUGAACAGAACAUGCAAUGCAUUUUGCAAAAGCAAAACAUGUAAUUCACUGAAAAAAUCAGAACUUCUACAGCCUAAUGAUUUAGGAAUCAGAACGUGCAAUAAAAGUUUCAAAAUAAUUUUUCAUAUGUAGAUUUCCUUUACACAGACCUUUAAUUGCAAGAAGAAUGGAAAUACAUUGGAAAUAAAUCAAACAUCUUCAAAACAUUUAUCGCAUAAAAGAGAGUGCUACAUGUUUGUGAAUUUCAAUCAUGUCAAAGUCAGAAAAGUUUUGUUAUAGAGGGAGGUCAUCAAGUAAAACCUAGGCUGCAUUCAUUUAUCGCGAUCCAAACGGUUGGACAAGUUGGACCGGAGUUGUUCGUUUAUGAAUUAAGGUCGUACCUGGUAAUCUGAUGCUUCUUUCAGGCGAGCCUUGACUGAGCCUCAAAAGCAUAAACAUUUGCAUGUCCACCAGGAUUUAUACCGGAAAAUGAUGCAUUUAAAAACAGACAAGCCGAUUGAACCGGACAGGCACAACGGUUCCUAGACUAGUAUCAAUGGAUUACAGACCUUGAUGCUGCAUUGCCAAUCAGUUUUGGAUUAAAAUGAUUAGGGAACCUUCAGUGUUAAUCACAUGCCACAAAAUUGUCUAUAUUGGCUGUAUAGAGAAAGCAUGAUUAACGUCAUCUUGACAGAUUGGAUAAAGAAUUCCAUUUAUAUCUUGAAAGAUGUGAAGAGGAUGAUGCAUCUGUUUAUAACAUUCCACUUCUGGCUGGUGAACAAUAUGACGAUAGUCUGACCAAAAGGACCUCUCAAGUUGACCUACAGUUAUCAUAUUGAUUACAGAUAGGUUGAUAAUUGGAUAGCCUAGGGAGAGAAGGUUUAUCUACAUGUAUGUUAAAGGUAUGCAAGAGUUAAAAAAAAACAAGAGGCCCAUGGGCCUAAACGGUCACCUGAGUAAAUUCUGAAGUACUCAAAUUGUAGCAUGUUCUUUUUUUUUUUAAAUUGGCACAUAGUUACUUUGGAGAGAGGGCAUACACCCAUACUAACAUGGAGACCAGGCAUACACAUGCUGUAUAGAUGAAUUAGGUGAUACGUUUAAUGGACAGAUGAAGUUGUAAAUGUCCUAGUCAAUCACAGGCCAGGGUGGCCAUCUGGAAUUUAACAAUCAGCAUGAAAAGUAACAAACUUGGUCAAAACCUCAUAAGGAAUACCUCUAUCUAGUAAGUAAGAAGUCAAUCGGUGUAGCCUUUCUUGAGAAGAAGACAAAAACAUCUCGGUCAAUGAGAGGACAGGGUGACCAUCUUGGAUUUUCUGAUCGUCACAAAAAGUAAGAACACUUGAUCGGGAACCUCAUAAGGAAAGUUUGAAAAAAUAUAUAAGUGAAUUGAAGUGAAUUGCUGCUGAUAAUCUUGAGAAAUCAUAGGGGGUAUUAACAAACACCUUUACUACGGUUAGAACGACAGUGACCUACAACGUCUCAACCACGUGGUGUUCCAUUCAACUCGUUUCCGCCAUGCCUUCAAUUUCAGUGACAAAUUUAUCGUCUCAGCAAAUCAGAGGCCACGAUCGGCCAUCUUGUAUUCUCCGAUUGGCAGUAAGUCUGCCAGUUACUGAAUGAUCGGGCCCAUUUUCGAACUUGUCUGAGAUCUUAUUGAUAUAAAGCAACAUAGCAAAAUUUAUAAUGACUAAAAAGAAUCAUCACUAAGCAUAUAUUUGUUGAUAACAACUACUGCUAUUAAUUCAUGUCAUCUGUGUAGUAUAUAUUGCACAUAAAACUGAAAUAUGAAAUCCAAGGAUCAGUCUCGGUAAGCUUCACAAUCUUAACAAACAAAUCCCAAAUACAUUGUACAAUAUUUUCCAAAUUUCUGCAUUGUAAGGGCAUUCGUGUCCAAAACAACACUUUUAUAACAGAAAUAACUUGCAUAUGUGAUUAACUAUGAAAAAUAUCUCUUUAAUAUCGCAAUUAAGGUUUUUUUAAGCUGACAAGAUAACUGACAACCAGUCUGUGUAUAGUAUGUACUUGAUACACCUAAACAUUAUUGAUCAGGUGGGCAUACCUACACAAGGAAUGUAACCGGCCAUUAUAAGUAUGAUAAG